AGGAGGUUUAAAAAAUAAAAAAUUAAAAAUUAAAAGCAAACAACGGGCAGAAGAAACCAACAACCAAACAGCAGAACUGAUAUCUAGAGGCUACUGAGGAGCAGCAUGGAGCAGCCUGCAGAAGCCCCUCAGGCAGCACCCAGACGAAUCUCCCAGGAGAGACAGAAGCUCACAGGUCUGCCCUUGUACUUCCAAGGUUACCUGUCAGUGCGGCGCUCACAGUGCCAGGAAUUUAGACUGUUUUGGACAGAACUGAGAGGAACCAUGCUCUUCUUUUACGAUGAUAAGAAGGCACCAAAGUACUCACACAAACUAGAUAUAUCAGCUUUGACCUCAGUAAGCAAUGUUUAUCCAAAUGAAAACGACUCUGCACAGUUCAUCCUGAUGUUGCUGAAUGAAAAACUGGAAGUGAAGGCUGAUAACUGUGAAUAUGGGAAAGAAUGGAAGGGUUUUAUUCUCACCGUAACAAAGUUGUCAGUUCCACUGGAUGAGUCAUUAUCACCUGGACAACUUACAAAAAUACAUGAAGUGCUAGAUAAAGAAAAGAAAAGAAGGAUUAUGCUUAAUGACUGUUCCUGCACAUCCCAGAAUAAAGAAAGCCUUCCCAGCAAGGACAACAGUUGCACAGCAACUGCUAUGCCAGCGUGCUUCUAUGCAGUAUCUCGGAAAGAAGCAAUAGAGAUGUUAGAAAAUAACCCACUGUGUGGGAAUUUGAUCCUGCGCCCUGGCAGCGACAGCAAGAACUAUGCAAUCACUGUCCGACAUGUGCUGGAUGCUCCAAGCAUAAAGCACUACAGAGUGACGUCCAGAGAAAGAAGUUACAUUAUUGAAUUGGAAAGACAGGUGACAGUUAAAAGCCUUGAGGAUGUCAUCAGUUACUUUGUGAUCCAAACUCAUGGGAACCUGAAGCCUUUCAUCAUGCAGACAUGCAACGAGGCUCUGCAAAUGGACUAGAAUUCUGAAAGUAAAACAAAAGAAAAGUCCUGA